AUAUCGACCUGUAACCUAUCCUUCUCCCUUGUAGAUACUCUGUCUCCAAACCCCCCCCGCCCCCCCUUCCCCAACCCCCCCUUGGCCACUCAUGGACACGACAUAGUCAUGCCAGUAGUGGACUCGCUCUAUCAUGUCGGCGCGAGUCUCGUCGGCAGGGCCAUCCCCGUCCCUGUCGAAGGGGACAAGUGGGUCAUGAUCGUGGACGAGAUUAUUUUGUUCUCCACCAUCGUCGGUGCGUUGAUUAUACUCGGGUCCAUGGCAUAUUUGGAGUUUGCAAAAGGGAGACCAGCGACCACGCGAAUGAGAAUAGUGCAAUCACUCGUGGUGUCGGACCUGGCCUUGGGCAUCGUUGGUGCGAUUGGCGUAUCCAUAGGGCUAUCAGAGGGCGGACUGAAGCCAGGGACAGCGUGUGAUGGUAUCGGCGUGGUGCUCGUGGCCACGAUCUGGUCAGAACACAUGUGGACAUUGUUGCUGGCUCUGUCAACGUACAUGAUCUUGAUCUACCCCCUCCAUGCCAUCACCCUCUGGCUCGAGAAACGAUGGGCGUGGUUGUUGCUGCUGGUCUGGGUAUGCUCGUUUGGUCUCUCCGUCAUGGGAUAUGAAAUCUACGGGUACAAGCCGAGCGGGGGCAUCUGCUACUAUCCCACCGGACUCUUCUCCGAGCUCAUGCAAUUCAUUCCCAGGGCGAUCGUUUUCAUCGCCAUCUCCAUCCUCUAUGCUCGACUCUACGUCUUCCUCCGUCGACCCGACAAGAUCCGCUCCCCUUAUUCAGACUCUCCCACCGGCACGUAUUCCAAUCACCGCAGGUCGUCUCCGUUUGGACUCGAAUCGUUCAAACGCAAAAGCCGCGGUCUGUCAUUUCUCCGCGUAAAAAGGCGAUCAAGAGAAGAAGAAGAGGGACAGCCUACCGCGCCCUUGGAGGAGAUUCCCCCAUGGGAGCGGGUCGAUCUGCCAGUAUUUCAGAUUGACGGACAAAAGUAUGGCGGACCGUCUACCAAUUUCAGCCCGACUCGCGGUCGACGAAAGAGACCAAGGACGGGGUUGUUCUCAUCCACCCCUCAGACAUCCAUUCCGAGACCGUUUGGCUCGCUUUCGUCCGAUGACGGGCCAGCACCUGUCGAUUAUGUCUCGCCCUCGGAAGUCGCCUCGCCGAACCGCGAGUCGUGGCCAGAUGGCAGUCCAUUUGGACAACCACGGAUCAGGGUGGAGCAGGACAUCAGGCGGGGUUCUGCUGCGACGACUAGCUCUGCGCCGUCGAGACUGCUCGAGACGCCGACGGUACCUACAGCGAGGAACAGUGUCAGCGUGAGACCGAGCAUUUCCGAUUCGGCAUACAACGACGAGUUGAUCACCCCCGUGCCAACGGAGCCAAAGCCCAGUCUCGACACGCAGGCAGAAGAAGUGAAGAGUGAUACAGAGGAUGAGCAGUUGGAUUUGAUGAACGUGCUCAAGGUGACGGCCCCGCCAAGAUCACAAGAGGAUCCGUUCGCGCCGAGACAGGGCGAGUCGAUCGUAUUUGUGGAGGAGAGUAUGGCGUCGUAUUUGAACAGGAAGACGUCGUUGUUGAUGUUGUGGUUUCCUCUGGGCUAUGUCAUGUUGUUCUCAGUGUCCCUUGUCAGGAUCAUUUAUGAUAUUGCUGGAACGCCGCCAAAGCCGUUGAGAGCGGUCUCGAGGUGGUUCAUAUUCUCGCAGGGCAUCCUUGAUGCCAUUAUCUAUGGCCUCGUCGAGUGGCACACAAAACGGAUGGUCCGGAGAAAGGUCCGAAGAGAUGCCAUGUCGCCGACGACAUCACCCUCGGGACAACGCCAGGAUGGGAGUGGGUCUUGGGUCAGAGCGAGCUUUAUUCCACGGUCGAGGUCGCCCAACUCGCCGCGUCUUGGCUCCGACGCCUCGCGAUUGUCACAAGGGACAGCUCGCGCCGCGGCGAUUGAAAUGUCUCAAACGAGACGCGGGUCGCAGCCUAUCACGACGAUGACGGGGUCGGGGGACAGUAGGACGUCGACUAUAAGGCCGAGGCAGGAUAUGGAGAGGAGUAUAUUGCAAGAGCUGGUGCCAGAGUAUGUGGAGGAUCGUCGUCCGAGUAUACCGGAGCCAAAGACUCCCAAGCCGGAUUGAGGCAUGUUGUUUGCAGCAUUAUCAUGCAUUAUUUUUGGGUU